AGAAGCGUCAGUGCGGAGAACAGCCAACCUAAAUUAAGGUUACAAUUAUCCUGCAAGCCCCUGGAGAGAUGUGUCGUAGACAGAACGAAUUAAUGAAGGAGCAAAGCGAUUAAAAAACAUUCGGGUCUUGUCUCUUAAGACGGGCUCAUCGUCUUUCUAAGCACGAGGAUGAUGUUAGAGGACAUUGUGCAGAAGUGAGAAACUGCGACUCGACAUGGACAAGAGACUUGAAGAGCAAUGAUGAUGAGAUCGCUGCCGUGCAGAUACUGUGAGGGAAGACGGAUUUUCAACGUGUGAUGUUUAAAUGCAUUUCCAACAAACACUGAGCCCAUCAUAGAUACCCACCUGAACAAAAAUCUGGUAAUGAGAACUGGCACUACAGAAGUCCCUUGGAAGGAGGUAAGAUGUUCCUGGAUUUGUGUGGCCAGCGGGGCGCAUGGACCAUCCUGCUGCUGUGGUGCCUGAACCUGUCAGCUGCGGACCUCCCCUGCCCUCAGAGGUGCAGCUGCUCCCGAGACCCUCUGGAGGUCAACUGCUCCUCCAGACACCUGACGGCUGUGCCUGAGGGUUUACCCAGCAAUGCCAAACGUUUGGAUCUUUCAGGAAACCAGCUGAAAACGCUGGCUAGGCGUCAGUUCUCCAGCCUGUCAAAGCUGGAGGACCUAGACCUGAGUGAGAACAUCAUCUCCAUGAUCGAGGUGGAAACAUUUCAGGGUCUAAAGAACCUGCGAUACUUGAGGAUUAAGAACAACCGCCUCAAGAUCUUGCCGGUCGGGGUUUUCUCUGGCCUCUCCAACCUUCGACGUCUGGAUAUCAGCGAGAAUGAGAUCCUGGUUUUCCUGGAUUACACAUUCAGGGACAUGAUUAACUUGCAGCAGCUGGAUGCAGGGGAAAAUGACCUGGUGUUUAUCUCGCAGCGUGCAUUUGUCGGGCUUCAGGCACUGAAGGAGCUGAACGUGGACCGCAGCAAUCUGACCUCCAUCCCAACCGAAGCUCUGUCGCAACUUCAGAGCUUGACCAAGCUGCGUCUGCGCAAGCUCACCAUUAGUGUGCUGCCCAACAAUGCCUUUCGCCGACUGCACCAGCUGCGUACUUUGCAGAUCCUCCACUGGAGUUCUCUCGAGUUGCUGAACAGCAACAGCUUGGUCGGCCUGAACCUGACCACUUUAGUUUUAACCAACUGCAAUCUUAGUGCCAUACCUUACUCUCCCCUGCGCCAUCUUGCCUAUCUGCAAUACCUUGAUCUGUCCUACAACCCCAUCACCUCCAUACAGGGCAACCUCUUGGGGGACCUUGUGAGACUCCAAGAGUUGCACCUGGUGGGUGGGAACCUGCUACGGAUUGAGCCAGGUGCCUUCAGGGGUCUGUCCCGCUUUCGCUUACUCAAUGUGUCCUCAAAUCGUCUGUCCACACUGGAAGAAAGCGCCUUUCACUCUGUGGGGAACCUGCAGACACUGCGGCUGGACAGAAACCCGUUGGCUUGUGACUGUAGGCUACUCUGGGUAAUGCGACGGCGUCGACGGCUAGAUUUCGAUGGACGGCAACCCACUUGUUCACCCCUGAAUCAUCAGAGGAAGGCAUUUCGGGACUUCUCAGAGGCAGAGCUUCCGGUUGUUUUUACGUGCAGACAGGCGCAGAUACUGAACCGGCAGCUGCAGGAUGUAAGCGCGAUUGAGGGAAUGAGUGUACAUUUUGACUGCAAAGCAGAUGGCUAUCCAUCGCCGUCUAUCACCUGGCUGUCAGCCCAACAGUCUGCAGUUAGCUCUGCCGGGAGAGUACGAGUGCUCACUAAUGGGAGUUUACAGAUUAGUUAUGCGCAAGUACAAGACAGUGGAAUGUAUUUAUGUAGCGCAGCUAAUGCUGCAGGUAAUGACAGCAUCUCUGUCAGUCUGCAUGUGGAGGGGCUUCCACAAAACCGCACAGUAUCGUAUUUCUCAGACGAGGGAUGGAUAGAAACUUCAGCCCCUCCAUCUACCAACUCCUCAGCUCGGGUGUCAAGUCCUUACCCGUUUGAUGCUAAAACCCUCAUUAUUGCUACCACCAUGGGAUUUUUGUCUUUUCUCAGCUCUGUUGCAAUCUGUUUUGUGUUCAUGUUCUUCUGGAGUCAGAGCAAAGGUCAGAUAAAACACACUGCCACAAUAGACUUUGUGCCACGAUCAUCCAUGGGUGGAGGUGGAGAUAGUGGAGACACUGGGAGAUUCACAAUGAAGCUCAUUUAAGCUGGAAUGGAGAAUUCAUGGUAUUUGUUACAAAUAGUUGAGCCUUUGAAACUGUUGUACACUCUUAAAUUAAAGGUUUCAAAACAGAGUUUUUCACAGUGAUGCCAUAGAUGAACCAUUUUGGGUUCCUUAAAGGACUUUCAGUGAAUAGUUCUUAAAAGGACAUUUUGUUCUUUGUGUGAAGAACAAUUUAAUAAUAUAAAGACCUUUUUUUUGCAACUGAAAAGAAUAGUUUGAGGAAUGGAAAGGUUUUAUGGAUGUCAAUGCCAAUAAAGAACCUUUCUUUUUGAGAGUGUACUGUAACUCUCAAAGUGCAGAAGAAACUUAUCCAUCACUCUUAUCAUUAAUAGUUAAAAACUAUGAUUUCUUAGUGAUGAAAUUGUAGAACUAUUUUUGUUCUCCAAAUAAUCUAUCAGUGUAUUGUUCUUAAAAGAACUAUUUUAAAAUGUAGAAUCUAAAAUGAAUCUUAUGGAAUGAGACGAUUCCUUUAAUUUUAAAGGUUCUUCAUGGAACCAUCGAUGCCAAUAAAAAACUUUUUGUCUUUUUUUGAUGUUGCUGCUUGUCAACCCUGCAAGGUACAAAGCCUUAUAACUUUUAUUUGCAAGCCUGAACAGCAUUUUUGUAAAUACGUAUAGUAUGUUAUCUUUAUGAUACUCUCAUUUCGAUUUUUAAGCCCAACUAAUAUAGUAAAUAUACAUUGUAAGUUUACUUUAUCACAAAAAAAACUAUUUUAGUGACGAAAUUAGGUUGACACUAUUAUAUAAAUUCAAAGUUAAGUGGAUAAUACUAUAAAUGAAGUCUGAAGAUAAACAAAAAGCAAAUACUCUUAAUAUACAAAGGUAAUAUUAUAUAUUUAUAAAAAUAUGAAUGAAUGAUGUAAGUUAUAUCUAACAUUUAAUGUUCAAGUGAUAGUUCGCUCAAAAUUUGCUAGUAAUUUACUCAGGCCAUCCAAUAUGUACAGUCGAUGGCUGCUUUUUUCAUUAUUUAGUAAACUAAAGAAGAUUUUUCACUGAAUCUAUGGUCAUUUGUCAUUCAUAAAAUGCAAGAUGAUGGCUACUGACAUUUUGAGAGUCUAAAAAAACACAUGCAGACAUUAACCAAGGCAAUUUGAGCUAGAAACAAUCUAUACAACAUUAUUACAUUUUAAUACACUAUUUUAAUACUACUGUAUUCCAGUUUUAAAUAUUUAAAUAACUUUUAGAUAUCAUUGUCGUGUGCCCUUGAUUUGGCGUGUCAUAGCUUGAUUUUUUUAGGCUCAGCUAUUAGUAUAAUGAAUAAAAUCUCUUCCUUUCGUAAGGGAUCUGGCACAGUUAGCCUUUUCGAGACAUUCAUUUCACUGCCAAAUUAAACCAGAGCAGGUCAUGCGAUUAAGCAUAUGACAAUGCAGUUUUAGAUAUUUUAACUUUGCUGUACAAGUGUAUAAAUAUAUAUGUUGCUAUCUACUGUAAAUCUUAACUGCCUAUAAAUAUGUAUUGUAGUUUGUAUAGCAAUUACAACCAGAAUUAAAACAUGGAUUUGUAAAGCUUUUAAAUGUAUCAAUAUUGAAAACUGUAUAUAUUGUGUGUGAUACUGUACAUUACAUUACAGCUGAUCUUAUAAGCUGCAGAUUACAAACUAUUUCUUUAAUGACUCUUUUUUUUUUCCGUCUUUGUUUUUUAUAAACAAAACCAAGCGAUGAUUUGCCAUGCCAUUGACAUUUAAAGCUCUUAUGGCUAUGCACAAAUCACAUCGAUAUGUAUGUUUUGCAGUUUAUAUCAUGUAUAAGUUACGUUUCCUCAUUUUAAUGUUUGCUAAUGUAAGUUACAACAUUUUGCAUUGGA